CUUUUCUACAUUGUCCCACUCUUCCGUCACAUAAUUUAGCAUCACUGUCCCGUAUAAAACUCAACUCCAAUGUUAUUGCACUAUGCAGAUCAUGCUUUGUUUUUUUUUUUAUUUCUCCAGUCCUGUCUUUCCUUCUUUAUUUUUUCUCUGCGUCCUCUCUCUUUUUUUCCCCUGUUACUUAAUGAGGAAUAUUAAAAACGGAAAUAAAAUUUGGCUUGAAACAAAGCAUUUGAACAGCGCCCCCACAUCUAAACGUGUUCGUGUGGGUGGGCUACCUGCCAGUUGAAUCAACUCGUGUUCCAAACAGGAUCGAAGAAUCCUCUUCGUUGGAAUGCUGCGACAAGCUUGUGGAGUGUCGACAUCGUAUUUAGGGUCGAAAAUGCAGUCCAAGCGCACCUCUUUGAGAGACUUCAAACCUUUGUCAGCAUAUGCAAGAAUUGCAAUUGCUGAAGGGAGCCAGCCCAAGUUUCCGGAACGUUUUAUCCAUUUUCAAUCCAUUUUUAUCAAUAGUGCAACCAAGCGCAAAUUAGAUGAUUCGAAUCAGGAAAGCCAUGAUGAGAUGCCAGCAAAGAAACCGUUCAUUUCAGAGGUGUCAACGCCAGAUGAAGGCUGUUUUCUUUCCUUCUGUAGUCCUCCAGAGGGACAACAAUCCCGUUUAGUCCCCUCUCCGCCCUCACUGUUUGCUAAAACGCUGCCAAUAAAAGUCAAAACCAGUGAUUCUGUGAGCUUGGAACAUGUGGCAUGGAAGUCUGCCCCAGAAGCAUGCAGUCUCACAGGGACUAAUUCAUAUUUGUUGGAGUAUGAGGUCUUUCAUCAUCAGCCUAUUGUUGACUCUGAUGUUGAUGAGGUCUUGUGCCUGAAUUCCUCUGAUCGCCAUAAGGGUGCUGAUCCUAAUGUAAAAGAUGAUGUGGAUAAGGGUUAUUCAUCCAUGACCCUCACACACUCGAUCCAGUCCCCACCUGCAUGUAGUCCAAUUCUAAAAAGGGUCGAGUCCACGAUCCAUCCUCCUUCCAAAGUUUCUCACUCAAUUAGAAAACCAGACCCUGCUGUGGGCCUGUUGUCAUUGGACUCCCCUGUAGAAUCUUUCGUGGGUGAUGUGGAGGAGGCGUGGAACAUCGGCUUCCCCAUUUUAGAAUCGUCAGUGUACGGAGAGGAGAGUAGUGGUGGCAACCAACAUGGAGAGGAAGUCCAGCCAAAUGAGACAAAACCUCUCCCUAAUUGUUACAUCUUGGAUGACAUCAGCUCGGACAGCAGUUUGAAGAUUCAGAAGCAGUUCUCCACUUCAUCACCUAGUACCAGUAAAGACCAUUCCAGGAGGCACGUGGUGUUAAAUACUGAUGAGGAUUGGGAGCGAGAGAAACGGAGCUACGUCCAGUUAGUUCGCAGACACAUCAAUGAGGCUUCAGGUGCUGCUCAAGAUGUUGUUAGUGAGCUGUGGGGUCUUAUGAGGCUUGUGGGGCAUGAUUCAUCUGGAAAACCUUGGCAACACCCCUCAGACCUCACGUGCAGAAUUCUGGAAUGCUCCGAGGAGUGCCUAUAUAAGGAGGAGAAAGAUCGUCCACUGGUUGGGACAAACUACACAGCCUUCUGCCUUUUGUCUUUGAAAGUUUGGACAUUUCUGGAACAUUUGCUAUUUUGGAAUAUUCGCAGGAAAGAAGAUUUGCCUGUUUGGGAACAUUCAUUCAACGUUGAAAUUACAAGGCACACAUAAGGAAAGCUGAACUGAAAAUGUCACUCCACGAAUGGCAGGCCAAGAACUUGGGAACUCACAAGCGCUUUGAAAAUGUUCUGAAAGUGUUCAAAAGAAGUCAAUUUCCCUAAGUAUUUUAUUCAUUCAAUUGUUGUAAUUGUAGUUCCUGUUCAAUUUGACGUUUUAUAUGCUUGCACUGUCUCUUGCACUUUUUUUCAGAGUUUACACUUGGUUACAAUGCUUUAUUUUAGAUGUGAAAUUGAAUGCAUGUUUGCUGAAUUUUGAUGGGAAAAUUAUUCUGCUCAAUGAGCAAUAUCGCAUUUUGAGUAUCUUAUUUUCAAUUUUACUUGAAUUCUAACUGUACUUCUUAAAGUAUGUUUUUGUACUUAUGUUGCACUUUUUUAUAUAUAUAUAUAUAACCUUUUGGGUGUAACAUCUGUAUUUGAUUAAUAUAAGUGCUGAGUAAAACUCAUAAAUGACCAGCAUUUGCUUCCCUUAUUUGCUGAUGAGGUAUUGCAUCAUGGUGCCAGAAAAAUAAAAUUGACAAUUUAUCCAUAUUCUGAGCCGCCUAGCCUAACGAAGGUUGCGGGAAUGCUGGAGCAUAUCCGACCUGAGGGCAGGAGGCGCGGUACACCCCAAAUUGGUUGACAGCCAAUUGCAGGGCAGAUAGAAAAAAAACAACCAUUUGCUCUCUCAAUCACAUCUACAGGCCAUUUACGGUUUGUUGAUUGAUUGCAUGUUUUUGGGAUGUGGGAGAAAACUGGAGUGCCUGGAGAAAGCCCAGACAGGCACAGAGAGAACAUGCAAACUCCACACAAGUGGGGGCAGAACUCUGAGGCAGAUGCUCUAACCAGUGGCUCCACCAUGCUAACAUUGAAUAAUAUAGUAAGGACAAAAUGUACUCAUACAUAUUUUCACUUAAUUGGGAUGUUGCUUAUUCUUGACAAAUAUGGUCUGGUUGUUGCUAUAGCCAAGUUCUAGAAUUGACUACACAAUGCAAGCAAAAUAUCUGAACACUGUAUGGCAAGAAGUUAAAACUCAACUGUCAAAUAUUUUACAACUUUCCCAAACACCAUCAAACCAUGUUAAGGUAAUUUGGCUUUUUAAUUAACAAAAUCAGUAACAAAUCUACAUGAGCAAAUUUACUCUAUAUUGUAAUUCAUCAAAUCUCUUAAAUUAAAUUUAUACAUGAAACAAAGAUGUACAAAAAUAACACUGAAGCGUGAACCCUCUAAAACUAUAGCAACACUGUACAUUGAAAGAGUUGAAUAAAGUUCCCUCCAAUUUUGUGAAUGGUUCUUGCUAAGAGAGUGUGGCUUCAGGGGUUUGCAAAGGACAAAUUAAUAAAGCAGGGCUUUUUUUUUUUUUUCAUUGGAAAUAUAGUAUGUAGACCAGCAUAGCACCAACAUGUCUCUGUGGUAGACUUAUAGUGAGCUUAAGCGCUAAAGUUAUUUAUACAAUGCAAGUAACAAAAGGUUAUUCCCCCUAUUUAAGGUACAAAUUAGUAUGGGUUACAGAAAUCAUUUUUGACAUCAAAUUCCCUUACAUGAAAGAUGUGCUUUUAAACAUGGACACAUGCAGUGCAAAAAUAUUUUGCAUUUGAAAAAAAACAAAUAGGAUUGUCAAUUUCUUUCUCACAAAAACCCAGACACACACACUCACUGACCAAUAUUCAUCCAGUUCCUUAAAGCUUGUAUUGCCCAGCAAGAGGCAAAAGCUUUGAUGCACACAGGUAGUAACUAGUUUUGCCCCAUGUCAGAAUAUUGUGGUGACACGCUCCAUUGAGUAAAACUAAAACACCUACACCCUUAACAGUACAGUUUUAGACAUUGACCUGCUGUGAUAAAAUGAAGUUCUAGUUAUUUUGCCUCACAUAAAACCUCACUCUUAAACAUUGUGUGAGGUGGGGGGGGGGGGGAGCACAAUCCA